AUGCAUUUUGUGGAAAACCAAGAUAGUACAGAUUAGAUAUUAUACAAGUAAGCUCCUGUCCAUCCUGAUACAAGUUAUACAGUAAUCAAAGAACCAAGAAAGUUUUCCAGGCUUAAAACACUUUUUUAAUAUUAAUAUUUGUUAUAUGUAUAUAUUUGAAUUAAAACUUUCCAGGUUCUUUCUGAUGCUUUCGCACAACAUGAACAGCGUGUUGAAGCUGAAACUACAAUAGAAGCUUCACUCUUGGUAUGUCUGGUUAAUCUGCUGUACAUUUAAUCACUCUAAAAAUCAAAUGACUUUUUAAAAACUAAUUAGCUUUUGUAUUAUUUUACUUCAGAACUGCGAUGCAAGUUGCCAAGCUGACAUACCUAAAAGGAUUAAAACCAGGACUGUAUCCGUUGCUGUCAAACCCAAAAGCAGAGUAAAGGGAACGCAAACAUCUUCUGUACAACCUGGACCUGUCAUGGUUUCGGCAUCCACACAGACAGCUGAAGUUGUAACCACAGUAUCAGAACUGAUUGAUGACUUGAACAGCGAGUGUGAUAUCUUGGACAAUGAUUCAAAAGAUCUUGAUUAUGCAAUGUCUGAAACUUCAGACCUGUCCAUGGAUGAUGGUCCAUCUGCAGAAACCACUACCAACCCGCAGCUUGGUCAGGAUAACCGAAAAUAUUUUAUAUUCUGGGUUUGCAUUGUCCAGCUUUUGUCAUGCUGGUGCAGUUGUCCUAACUGUGGAUGCAGAAAGAUUCUCUGGACCAAGAAAGAAUUUGGAACUCUUUUGAAACUUUUUCUAAGAUGUAAAGAUUGUGGUCACUCCAAUACAUGGAACAGUCAGCCAAAUUUUGGAAAAGUACCUGCUGGUAACAUUCUUCUGUCUGCAGGCAUUCUGUUUGCAGGAGCUACUGCUUCGAAGGUACUACGGGUUUUAAAGCAUAUGGGAACAGCUGUUAUUUCUGUCCGAACAUUUUUCCGCCACCAACAGAUGGUGUUGCACACAGCAACCAUGCAGCUAUGGAGGGAGAGACAGAUGUGGAUGUUAAGUACCUUGCAGGCAGAGGAUGGUGGUAUAGUAUGUGGUGGUGAUGAACGUGCCGAUUCCCCUGGACACAGUGCCAAGUACGGGACCUACACCAUGAUGGAAUUAAGAAUGAAAGCUGUUGUCGACAUACAGACCAUCCAGCUUUUGUGUCAAAAGAGUAAUGAAGUGGGGGGUAGCUACCACAUGGAGCAAGACGGAUUGGCGAGGUCUCUGCAGCGGAUCCAGAACUUUGUACCUGUUGAUACUAUCAUGGAUAGACACGUUUCCAUAAAGAAAUAUCUGCGAGAUCAACAUCCUCAUAUCAAGCAUUUGUUUGACAUAUGGCAUGUUGCUAAAGGAUUGAAGAAAAAGUUGAAAUCAACUGCCAGGUCAAAAGGCUGUGAGGGAGGAUUAAAUGGUUGGGUGGCCAGUAUUAUAAAUCAUCUUUACUGGUCUGUCGUCUCCACCCCUCCAGAUGAUAGUCAGUUAGUGGUUGAUAAGUUUACCUCAAUCAUAUACCAUGUACAAAAUCGACAUCACGACUUCUCGGGACGUUUCUCAAGAUGCCUCCAUGGUGAUCUUCAGGGCCAGGAACGACAGAAAGCUUGGCUUCAACCAUGUACAAAAGCUGCUGUGCAAAUGGAGAAGAUUGUGUGCAACUCCAGGCUUCUAAAAGAUAUUGCUCAGCUUUCUUCCACUUACCAAACAUCGACUGUUGAGGCUUUUCAUAGUCUAUUAAAUAAUUUUGUUCCUAAGAUGAUUUGUUUUUCCUUUUCUUGGCAUGGAGUGCAGGACAGCUUUAGCAGUUCUUCACUUUAAUGAGAAUGCUCACCGGGCACAGUCUGUCACAAAGGUCAUACAGGAAGCAAUCUAUGAAUAUGUUGGCGAUUUGUUGCAGAUCGUUAAGUCUAUUUGCCAGAGAGAUAACAAUCUUGAAGUUGAAGAGACACUGACCGAUGAAACGACAAGGCUGCCUCUAAGCUCUUCAUGUGAAAAGCCAGACCGAGAUAGUGCUAUUAAAAAUCAUGUGUCACGUUUCAUGUCAAACUCUCUCUAUUGAACACUAUGUUUCAGGCGAUUAUAAAUAUGAUCUGGCAAGUUUUUA